AUGCAGAUACCUUGCCAAAAACAGGCCGUCUGUGAUGAAACAGUAAUUCUGGCCCGACUGCUCAUCCCUGGUCGUGGAGAUCCCCUGCCCAACGCUGCAGUCGUCGUCUCGACUGCGACUGGGAAGAUCACCUUCGUCGGCCCGCAGCGCGACUUGCCUCAGCGAUUAUGUUCGGCGCCCCAAAUUAGAGUCGUAUGUCUGUUACCUGGGCUUUGGGAUUGCCACACUCAUUUUGUGGGCAUCACCAAGGUCGACUUUCCAGCCAUGAUUCAGACUCACCCCGCCAUCUGCGGUGCCGCCAUCGCCCGGGGCUUUUACGACACUUUGAUGGCAGGUAUCACAAGUGUGCGUGACGUUGGGUCGUUUGCAAUCGAAGCGCACGUGGCGGUAAAGGCUGGAUUGCUAUUGGGCCCCUCGGUUUUCGGUGCUGGUGGUUGUAUCGGCAUAACGGGCGGCAGCAGCGACGCAACUACAUUACCUUUGGAUUUUGUGUAUGCAACACAAGGUGUGCACCAUACCAAGCCCUGGCCGGGCACGAGUAGCCUUGUCUUGGCUGAUGGCCCUGAUGAGUGUCGACGAGCUGUCCGGCAACAGAUACGCCGCGGUGCCCUGUGUAUCAAGGUCAUUACGACUGGAGGCGUCAUGUCGACGACGGAUAAUCCGCAGUACCGCCAAUAUUCUGAUGCUGAGCUUGAGGCCAUUAUGGACGAAGCCAAGCUACAGCAUCGGGCAGUAGCAGCACACGCCCAUGGUACAGCUGGCAUCGUCGCUGCAAUCAAGGCGGGAGCCACGACUAUCGAGCACGGCAGCUAUUUGACAAAGGAAGCGGUUGAGCUCAUGAAAUGUCGCGGGACAACGCUUGUAGCUACAAGACAUAUCAUCGAGGCAGGUCUCCGGAUGCUUGAUACAUGGCCGGCCCCGACUGCGGCCAAAAUGGUCGCGGUGGCGAACCGGCACUUGGAGUCGUACAAGCUGGCUGUCCAAGCUGGUGUCAAAAUUGCGCUCGGCACGGAUAUCUGUAGUUCCAACCCUACAGACGAGAUAUCACACGGAAGAAACGCCACCGAGGUGGUUUGGGCAGUGACCAAGGCAGGCAUGACGCCUUUGGGUGCUAUCGAGGCAGCUACCGCAAACGCGGCCGAAACCUUGGGUCCACAGACACCUAAGAAAGGGAUUCUUCAGGUUGGCUGGGACGCGGAUAUGAUUGCCAUGGAUGAGAACCCCCUUGAAAAGAUUCAAUUGUUUGCUGACCCUCGGAACAUCAAAUUCGUCUGGAAAGAGGGCAAACUGGUCAAGUCGCCAAGCGAUUGCUUCUGGCCGCCGCCACUGGAAGAGUUGUGCGGCUGGAAUAUUGUCAGCCAUACCGACUGCGCUGGAUGUGGCCAGGCGCACUAA